CCAGGAGGGCGGCUGCCUCUGGAGUAGGCCGGCUGGAGAAGAGAAAAGGCGGCGGCCCGGCUGGGGAAGAGGGGUGGAGGAGGCGGUCCGGACGGCUGUGUGGGGCACUGACCGUCGCCGGGACAGAGCGGAGCAGCUGGGCACGGCGUCCAGGGCAGCUAGGGCCUGGGCCGCGGUUCGGCCGCGCUGGCCGAGCUGUGCUAGCCAUUAUGGAGGAGCAGCUGCAGCAUUCCCAUUGUGUGAAUUGUGUCAGUAGACGGUGCAUGACUAGACCAGAGCCUGGGAUUUCCUGUGAUUUGAUUGGUUGUCCAUUGGUUUGUGGUGCAGUUUUCCAUUCUUGUAAAGCUGAAGAGCAUCGACUUUUAUGUCCAUUUGAACGAGUGCCUUGCUUAAAUAGUGACUUUGGAUGUCCGUUUACCAUGGCCCGAAAUAAAGUUGCUGAACAUCUGGAAAUGUGUCCUGCAAGUGUGGUGUGCUGUACUAUGGAAUGGAAUCGAUGGCCAGUUAGUUAUGCAGACCGGAAAUCAUAUGAAAAUCUAAGCAGAGAUGUUGAUGAAGUGGCACAAUUGGAUAUGGCCUUGGCUCUUCAAGACCAAAGGAUGCUCUUAGAAUCCCUCAAAGUAGCCACCAUGAUGUCAAAAGCAACUGAUAAAGUAUCCAAACCUAGAGAACAAAUCUCAGUUAAAUCAAGUGUCCCAGAAAUACCACAUACUAAUGGUUUGGUGUCUGUUGAUGAAGAAUCUUAUGGUGCACUUUAUCAAGCUACUGUAGAAACAACCAGAAGUUUGGCUGCUGCUUUGGAUAUCCUGAAUACUGCUACAAGAGACAUUGGCAUGUUAAAUACAAGUAUCCCAAAUGACAUGGAUGAAGAGCAAAAUGCGAGAGAAAGCUUAGAGGAUCAAAACUUGAAAGACCAAGAUCAUCUUUAUGAGGAGGAGAUAGGAGCAGUAGGUGGAAUUGACUACAAUGACACAGAUCAGAAUGCCCAGUCUGAACAAAAUGGUUCAAGUGAUUUAUUAUGUGACUUGAAUACAAGUUCUUAUGACACUUCACCUCUUUGUAAUGGCUUUCCUUUGGAAAAUAUAUGUACCCAGGUCAUAGACCAGAAUCAGAAUUUACAUGGUGAUUCAAAACAAAGUAACUUAACAAAUGGAGACCGUGUGGCAUCAGAUGGCACUUCAAAACCUUCCAGCUCACUUGCGGUAGCAGCACAACUUAGGGAAAUAAUACCAUCCAGUGCUUUGCCUAAUGGCACGGUUCAGCAUAUCCUUAUGCCAGAUGAUGAGGAUGAAGGUGAAUUGUGUUGGAAAAAAGUAGACUUAGGGGACUUGAAGAAUGUGGAUGUCUUAUCUUUCAGUCAUGCUCCUUCAUUCAAUUUUCUUUCUAAUUCAUGUUGGUCUAAACCAAAGGAAGAUAAAGCAGUAGAUACAUCAGAUUUGGAAGUUGCAGAAGAUCCCAUGGGCCUCCAAGGAAUAGAUCUGAUCACAGCAGCGCUGCUGUUUUGUCUAGGAGAUUCUCCAGGAGGUCGGGGUAUAUCUGAUAGCCGCAUGGCUGAUAUUUAUCAUAUUGACGUUGGGACUCAGACUUUUUCACUUCCAUCUGCAAUAUUAGCUACAAAUACAAUGGUUGGGGAGAUAGCUUCAGCUUCAGCUUGUGAUCAUGCCAAUCCACAGCUUUCAAAUCCAAGUCCAUUUCAGACACUUGGGCUGGAUUUAGUAUUGGAAUGUGUCGCUAGGUACCAACCCAAGCAGCGUUCAAUGUUUACCUUUGUGUGUGGACAGUUAUUUAGAAGGAAAGAAUUUUCUUCCCAUUUUAAGAAUGUGCAUGGUGACAUUCAUGCUGGACUCAAUGGCUGGAUGGAACAGAGGUGCCCUUUAGCUUACUAUGGUUGUACCUAUUCUCAGCGUAGAUUUUGUCCAUCAAUACAAGGAGCGAAGAUUAUACAUGAUCGCCAUUUGCGGUCAUUUGGAGUUCAGCCAUGUGUAUCUACAGUAUUAGUGGAGCCUGCUAGAAACUGUGUGUUGGGAUUACAUAAUGACCAUCUAAGUAGUCUUCCUUUUGAGGUCCUGCAGCAUAUUGCAGGCUUUCUUGAUGGCUUCAGUUUAUGCCAGCUCUCAUGUGUAUCCAAGUUAAUGAGGGAUGUGUGUGGCAGCCUGCUUCAGUCUCGUGGCAUGGUCAUACUGCAGUGGGGGAAAAGGAAGUAUCCAGAAGGAAAUUCAUCAUGGCAGAUAAAAGAAAAGGUAUGGCGAUUUAGUACUGCAUUUUGUUCUGUUAAUGAAUGGAAAUUUGCUGACAUCCUAAGCAUGGCCGACCACUUGAAGAAAUGCAGUUACAAUGUUGUCGAGAAACGGGAGGAAGCAAUCCCUUUGCCAUGUAUGUGUGUGACACGAGAACUCACUAAAGAAGGACGUUCACUACGCUCAGUUUUAAAACCUGUACUUUAAAAGUUGUAAUUUUACUUGCACAUAUAUGCAAGCACCUAGUAUAAUUUCUUUGUAAUAUGUGAAACUUUAUUAAUGUAUUAAAUAUUACAACUAGCUAAAUUUAUUGUCACUAUGUAUAUAAUGUUUUGAAGUGACAUCUAUUUUUAUAAAGUACUGUUUAGUUGGAAAAAGUUGCCUUAAUGUUUGAAAUGUGUGAAAUUUUUGGAACUUGCUGGACAGGGUGAUUUAAUUUUUAGCCGCAUAAUUUUAAGAAUUAGUAUUUUCAGUGGUGUGCAUAUUUUGGUUCCUAAAUUUUUGCUUCUUAAACUAAAAAUAUCCUGACCAAUUUAUUCCUUGUUUUCUGUGGGUUGCAACCCAUGCAAUCAAAAAGCAAAACUUUGACUCAGAUUUUUUACAGCAUAGGUUUUUCAUAUAAAAAUAUUCUCAAUUUCUUAAGCACUGCCAUAAGAUCAUUAUAAUGUUUUUGUUUUUUAGUGCUUCCCUAUACAAUUGUUAAUGCACAGAUGAUCUCUAAUAUAUACUUGCAUAUGUAAAAUCGUAAUUAAAGUUUGGUAAUGCAGUUUAUCAUGUUUUAAAAAUAAUCCACAAAGAUGUUUUUAAUCUCAUAUACUUACAAUUCAACACAGAGAGUGACCAUGUGCAGCUUUCUUUUUUGUUAGAUGCCACAUCCAAAGACUCAUCGCAGUGUGUUAUAUGACAGGACAAUGCAAAAACAAGCAAACAAAAAGCAAGCCUGUGAAUAUACUGUAAUUUGAAACUGCUCCUGGUAUUACAUAUUUGCUGGAUAUCUAAUGUUUUAAAAGAAAAUAUACCUCAUUUUAAGUUUGAAUUGGGCAUAUUGUAUAAAUUUCAAAUAUUCAGAAUGCAAAGGGCUUAACUAUUAAAUUUUUGCCUUUUGAUGUUUAUAAACAUUACAACUGUGUUGUUUUAAGACAUUUAAAAACAUGAAAUUUGUUAUCUUUUAAAAUGACAAUCAUGUAGAAAUGUGUUUUGGUUGACAAUCUCUUUGAAACAUUUCCAAGUUAAUUUCCCAUAGGCUUCACUACCAAGAAAGUAAGAAUUGCAUCUUUGCGUAAUGGUCAAGGUAUAAUGGAAAAAUAUACCUAUUCUUGAAGUAGUUUAUUAUAGUUUUCAAAUUGAUUUAUACCAUUAUUAACCUGAUGUGGUCUGCUUAAAAAAUGAAUAUAUCAGUGUUUAGAUAUAAAUUGCAAAGGUGGGGAUAUAUACUUAAACAAUUUGUCUUUAGCAUUUGGUAGUCUGAAAUGGUGACAGAUUGCUUGUUAAAAUUGUGAAAACUCUGUUGUGUCCUCUCUUCCUACAUUUGUCCCUGAGAGUGCUCUAUGAUUACUAGGUUCUUGAUUCCCAUAUAUGGCAAUCAGGCAGAGGCGUUCCUUGGGCAUUAGAGAGUUCCGAAGCUUAAGAUUUGUUUUGGUUGGGUCAAGUCCUUAGUACAGUUGAAAAAUACAGCAUUAAAGACUAAUCAAUUGUUUUGUCUCACCAGUCAUUUUAAAUAGUAGAAUACUUAUUUCUCAGUGCUUAAAAUUUCUUUUUCAACUGUGAGAUUGAAUAAGCAAUCUGUAUUUCUGUGAAAAAAACAGAAAAAAUAUAUUAAAUACCAUAAAAUAUAACUCUGCCUUUUAAAGUUUUGCUGAAGAAUGUGUCUGUGGUUAGGAUAGCACAAGCAUUAACUUUUGUUUUAUAGUUAUGCUUUUUAAAAUUCAUUGUUUUUAAAUUUAGACUUCUUAUUUCCACACUGGAUUAUGAGAUAUUUAAUAAUUUUCCACCUUAUAUUUCUUUUACACAUUUUGCUGUUCUCUUUUUUGUUAUUGUUAUGCCACCAUACCAUUUUGUUAAAAUGUUUUCUUUGUGAAACAUUUGUUCAAGUUCUAAUAAAAUUAAUAUUUUCCCUUAACAUGGCUCAAUAACUUAAAAAGGUUCAUUUAAAUAAAAUUUUAAUACUUGUUUGACAAAUUCCAACACAAUCAUAUUGUUUCUGUAGUGUGGAUUUUCUGCAUGUUAUGGUAGUUGUUGAUUAUCAUUGCUCACACAUGUUUUACUAGUGAACCUUAAUUUUUUAAAAAUAUGAGACACUCAUUACUUAGCUUUCUCUGAUCAUUCAGUGUCUCGAAAGUAAUACCACCUAAGUUCACUGAAAGGCGGAAGAGUUUCUAGCAUGGUUAUAUCUCUAAAAGUCAUAUAAACCAUCUGUCUCUCCUCUUAAGUAUGAAAAGGUUUGUAUGUUGGCCUAAUAGAUUGUACUUUGAGAAGUCAUCAUUGAUUCGUUAGUCUUUGCUAAAUAGCAAGGUAAAAGGCAAGCAUUGGGAUGGAGGGAAGUAUUUGAAUUCACUUUUUUCCUCUGCCUCCUUCCCCAAUACUGCCUGCUGGCUUAAUCUUUCUCCCUCUCUCCCUCUCCCUUUUCCUUUUUCUCCCUUUCUCACUCUUUUUUACUAGAUUUUGAGACUCACAGAUCUUACAGCAGUGGUUCCUAAAGUGUGGUCCUUGGACUAGCAGGAACAUCAACACCUAGAAAUUUGUUAGAAAUGCAGAUUAUUAGGCUUCUCUCCAGACUUAGUGAAUCAGGAACUCUGGGGUGGGACCCAGGAAUCUGUUUUAACAAGAUCUCCAGGUGAUUCUAAUGCACAGUAAAGUGUUAGAACUUAGAGGGAAGCCUGAGUCAUGUCAGCUACACUCUGGUGCAUUACUGGAGUGGAUAUAUGUGUGUACCUGUGUGUGUUUGUAUAAAUAUAUGUGUAAUCAAAAAUUGAGAGUAAUGGUAAUUUAUUAAUGGUUAAACUAUAUAUGUUGUCUCAAUUUUACAGCCAUAUGACAAAAUACACUGGGUACUGUAGUUGUUGGACUUGUAUUCUUUAAAUUAGUCUUUAUUAGUAUUUAAAAUUUUACUAGUGUUUCUUCUGUUCAAGGUAAAUUGCAGUGCAAAUUUUAGUUUAUUAGCAGUAACAUUUAGCCUAGUCAUCUCAUUCUCUUGUUUAGUGGUUGUGUAGAGUCGUGAACAUAUUCAGAUUAUAGGGUAGAAUAGAAGUAGACAAAUAUUGGAUUAAAUCCUACAAAAAUAUUUUUAGGGAUCUUUUCAACCCUAUCAAUAUGAUGUUAUGAAAGAUUGAAUCUCUUGUUUAUAGUAGUAUAGAACCUUUUCUGAUCUUUUUGACUCUGUGCUGCCUAUCUCAUCAAUGUUGUUGCUAUUUAUAUCUGUCCUUUAACACUGGAUGUUGGGAUCUUAGUAAUGUUGAUGAUAAUAGGAUUUUCAGCAAAACUUCCAUAUCCCUUGAAGAUAUGGUAGCUUAUGUUACUAUAUUGAUAACAGUUUUACCUGUGGAGAUUUGACUAGUUUUUAGGUGUUUGGAAGCAAAAGAGAUUUCUUCAUGUUUUGCAUCCCAACCUGAAAAGACAUGAGGUUUAUUAAUUUUAAAAUUUCCUAAGGAAAAAUUAUUCAAAUAUUUUAAAAUGUGUUUGUUUUGUGCAUGACAUGCCACAUUGGUGUUGUGAUUGUGAUUGGAGCUUACAGAGUUGGUUGUUUAGAAGUGCAGUAGAAAGAAAGCAAUUGGCCCUUAUUCUCUGCACAAACUUUUGAUGGAAAUAAUUUCUCUGAUAGGUGUUUGACUGGUUAUCUAAAUGUUGCUGUAAGUAGUCUUACUUAAGAUGCUCAUAAGGUCUAGGAAGCAGAGAAUAUUAGUUAUACCUUUAUCAACUCAUCAGUGACUUGUUUCAUGAUGUUUAAGAUAAUUUAAUAAUGGGGUUUGACAGGAUUUAUCUGAUUUCCAAAAAAGCAAAGUUUGAAUUCAGAAAAGAUCAACUCUAAUGAAGUCCUUUCUAAAUAAGGGGAAAGGAAAGAUGGUUUGCUUAUCUUUUACAUAAUUAUUCCCUUUAUUUAAAAGAUUAAAGUGAGAUCAAGAGAUAAAACCUUUCAAAUUUGAAUUUUAUGGAUGAGAAAACAGGUACUCAAAAUUUAGGCAGUGAUUAGUGUACCAGGAUAUUUGAGAGAGAAUUAUGUCCUUACAUGGAUCACUUUUUCACUUUACAAAUGCAGGAAGAAAAGAGACAUUUAGAUGUAAGGAAAUUUGGAAAAUGUUGUCUAGGAUAUUUGAUUCUUACUGCUUUGGAAAGCAUUUUGGGGCAAUACCAAAAGGAAACAAACUAACCAGGUGUGGUAUGUUGCUCUGAAAACUUUGCGAAAUUAGGGUCUCUUGCUGAAUUUUACAAAUAGGUUAUUGCAUCUAUGAUUAAACUUUUUAAAUAAAUUGCUUAUACAUAUGUUUAUUUGACAUAUAUAAUCUUCAUAAUUGGCCAGUACACCUUGAGAUGUAUUAAUGGCGAUACAUCUUGAGGUGCUUUGUUACCUUAGCACAUUUCAAAACUGGCAUUUUGUAUUCAGAUUGUUUUAUAUUUCAGUGUAUUAUGUGGACAGUGACUUUUCAUUAAUAAACUACAAAGAAAUGGGUUAUAAGGAAGAUUCAUGAACAUGCUGUAUAGAAAUAUAGUAAAAAUUCAUUGAUGCAAAGUCCUUUUUAAAAAAUAAUUUUCAAUCUUUUUGAUAUGCUUCUGUCUUUUACUAUGAAGAAAACAUUUCUGAAGUGAACUGACAACAUAAGGCAAAUACUGGGUAAAAAUUUAAACAUCUCCAAAAUCAUUAACCCAUUUGUAUGCAAAUAUUAGGGAAUGGUUCUUCAAUACGUAGCUAGUUCUUGUGGUGGUUAAUAGUUCGUGUGUUUGAAAGUAAUAAAACUGCAUUUGUGUUGAACUCUCAAAACCAAUUAAUCAGGUCAGUUACUCCUAACAAAGGUAAAUUCAUCAGAUUUAAUUUCUACCCUUUUCUAAUACAAAUUUUUAGAAAUUUUCUUUCUCAGAUGUAAGGCAAAUAGGUUGAUAUAUUUGUUUAUUGUUUGACAGAGAAACUGACUAGAGUUAGCUUUUUAAUACCCCUUACAGUCAAAAAGUAACAUUGUUAUAUUUUGUUUUAAAAUCAUACCAUUUUACAGUAUAAUCAUACUGCACUGCCAUUAGCUAUUUGCUGGUAUCUAUAUACUAUAAUUAUGGGGCCAUCUAGGUAGAAACCAUAUCUUAUGUGGCUUUGCAUCCCUGUUCCUAGCUGAGGGUCUUACAAACAUACAGUGAUAUGGUUUGGCUGUGUUCCCACCAAAUCUUGUCUUGAAUUGUAACUCCACAAUUCCCACAUGUUAUGAGAGGGACCUGCUGGGAGGUAAUUGAAUCACGGGGCAGGUCUUUCCCAUGCUAGUCUCAUGAUAGUGAAUAAGUUUUAAAGUCUGAUGACAUAAGAACAGUAACAAUUUGUUAAUAUUCAAAAGAUUUAAGUUGAAAAAAAAGGGGUCCUGCACUCUGCUGUCCUAGAAUAUAUAUUUUUUUUCUGUUGAAAUCCUCCUUUCUAUAUUGUCAUUAUUGCUUCUUUAUCCCAUGACUUCAGUUUCCUGGUGAGGUGACCCUGAAUUUAGUCAUUUUGGUCAGUAGUUUUAGAUUUAAGUAACUUACCACACUUGUUUUAAAGUCUCUCUCAGCUCACCCAUGAAGAAACAAAUUUUUUUUCAUUUUUUUCUUCAAAAAUCAGCAAGUCUUGCUGAAUCUAACAAGUAUCAGCAUUCAGGUUUAACCAUGUUAUUUGAUUGAAAGAAACCAAACCAUGGAAAUAAUGGGCACUGUAUCUGCUCAAGAGUAAAAUUACCCAAUGAAUAAUUAUGUCAUCUGGAUGUCUUUUAUAUCAAUUGAUGACUUUUUAAAAAAUCUGUAUUUUAAAUAAAAUAUGGAAAGAACAGUGUUGGUCCCUACAACAUUCCAAUAGCUUUGUCAUGACAGCCAUGACAUAUGAAAUAAGUUACUCUGAAUGGCCAAUAAUUCGGUGGACAUGAAUUCUAAAGAUUUUUAUUUGCACUUAAAAUGUUAAAGUAGUAUUGUUCAUUUGAUCAAUGUUUGAAUACCAGUCAGUAUUGAAAACUUUUAACUGCAUUCUGAAAGGUCAUUGCACAGAUUCACUUACCUCAGAUGUCAUUUAGCUUCCUUUUCUCAUGAUUUACAUAAAUGUUGUUACCUUAAAUGCAGAAAGAUGUGAUAUUCUUUGGAGGAUAAAAAACCUAAGUGAAUGAAGCUAGACACAAAAGGCUACAUCUUAUAUGAUUUCAUUUAUAUGAAAUAUUCAGAAUAGGUAAAUUCAUAGAGAUAAAUCAGAUUCAUGGUUGCUGGGGGAGGGGGAGUGACUGCUUCAUGGGUAUGGGGUUUUCUUUUGGAUUGAUGAAAAUAUUGUAGAACAAGAUAGUGGGGAUAGUUGCAUAAUAUUGUGAAUGUGCCAAAAUGCCACUGAAUUGUAUACUUUAAAAUGGUGUAUUUGAUGUAUAUGUUGUUACAAUUAAAAAGAAAAGAAUUUAGUAUUUGCAGUCAUUACCAAAGCCAAAAACUAGUGUUCUCAACGUUUGUGAAAUGCCCAACCAUGGUUUAGAAUUAAUUUAUAGCAUUAGUAACAUGACAAAUCUAUUCAGCUUAAAGUUCUCGUAAAAUUUGUGAAUCCCAUCUUAGAAGUACCCCUGACAGCAGCAGAAAUAAAGCUGUAAUUCAUCAAAAUUUCCUUAUAUUUAAUACUUCUGUGACUGAGUAAUUGACUUCUGUGUCAAUGUUUAUGUUUUAUCUUUUGAAAAUUUUUAUGAUUCCUUGUGGCACAUCUCAAACAUACUUUUUAAAGAUGUGAUUUUAAAAUCAUGCUUUGAAAAAAAAUUGUGUAAUUUUCAAGGUGAUUUUUUUUAUAGUUUUAUACUUUGUUUCUUUUAAAGAACAAAUGCAACUUGUAUUAGAGUAAGACUAAAUAAAUUGUACUGAUGUGUA